AUGUUGGUGAACGAGUCGGUUGUGACGCCAACCCCAGACAUUGCACAUGAGGGCUCGUUGGUGCAAGCCGUGGUGUUCGUCGGGAUAUUCGGCAUCUCUAGCCUGGUAGGAACCGUCGGCAACGCUGCUGUCAUCCUGGCCUUCUGCCUGUACAAGAAGGUUCGCACCACUGAUAACGUCUUCAUCCUGAACACAAGCAUCUGGGAUCUGGUAUCGUCUGCCGUCAACAUUCCGCUGAUGAUCUCGUCUACGAUGGCCGGCCUACCGAACUGCGGACAAGCUUGCUGUGCCUUCAUAGGCUUUCUGAGUCUGUUUAGUGUGACUCAGUCAUUGUUAUCCUGUGCUCUUGUUGCCUUUAACCGUUAUGUGCAUGUUGUGCUACCAAUUGCCACUUACAAGCGCUUGUUCGGUCCUGUCAAGGCUUUCCUGUGGGUGGUUGGGGCAUGGGUGAUCGGUACUCUGGUCAUGUUUCCGGCUAUGUCAGGUAUAUACGGCAGUUUGGGAUGGGACGCGAAUGUGGAGAUAUGCCAGAUGUCUAACGAUCCCAAUAGCCUACUGUUUUUCAAAAAUGUCCUGGGUUCCCUGCAUUGGACCACCUUGUUGGUGAUAUCUGUGUUCUACGCUCUCAUCUACCUGCACGUGCGGAAAAGUACCAUGGCCAUCGGCCAGCAUCUCGGCCACAGCCCCCAGCAAGUGUCCCUGCAGGCGGUGAAGCGUACAAAACACAUGUUCUACAUCUUCUUCACUCUGUUCACCCUAACCUCUCCAAACAUUGUCGUCAUGCAAGUGGAUCCCCACGGUGUCUCAACCCCCGAAUUCAUUUUCUUUAUCAUUGCCGCGAUGUAUUACUGGAACACCGCAGUCAAUCCCAUCAUUUACACCUGGACCCUCAAAGAGUUUCGGCAAGGGUUCAAGUCCAUGGUCCGCUGCAGACGACAUAUUGUUCCUACCGUUAACCACCCACCUCACCAACCUGUUGCUAAGGGACCCGCGCGAACCUCUCGAACACCGAAAGUUUCAGCACCAUUGACGGUCUCUAAACGCGUUGAGCAGGCAGUAUUACCACCAUUGACGGCCUCUGAACGCGUUGAGCAGGCAGUAGUACCACCAUUGACGGUCUCUAAACGCGUUGAGCAGGCAGUAUUACCACCAUUGACGGCCUCUGAACGCGUUGAGCAGGCAGUAGCACCACCAUUGACGGCCUCUGAACGCGUUGAGCAGUCAGUAGUACCACCAUUGACGGCCUCUGAACGCGUUGAGCAGGCAGUAGUACCACCAUUGACGGCCUCUGAACGCGUUGAGCAGGCAGUAUCACCACCAUUGACGGCCUCUAAACGCGUUGAGCAGGCAGUAUCACCACCAUUGACGGUCUCUAAACGCGUUGAGCAGGCAGUAGCACCACCAUUGACGGCCUCUGAACGCGUUGAGCAGUCAGUAGUACCACCAUUGACGGCCUCUGAACGCGUUGAGCAGGCAGUAUCACCACCAUUGACGGCCUCUGAACGCGUUGAGCAGGCAGUAGCACCACCAUUGACGGCCUCUGAACGCGUUGAGCAGGCAGUAGCACCACCAUUGACGGCCUCUGAACGCGUUGAGCAGUCAGUAGUACCACCAUUGACGGCCUCUGAACGCGUUGAGCAGUCAGUAGUACCACCAUUGACGGCCUCUGAACACGUUGAGCAGGCAGUAUUACCACCAUUGACGGCCUCUGAAGUAGAGGGGGACUAG